AUGACUAAUUAUAUGGAGGUAGUGCCAUCGACACCGUGCACCAGCGUAACACCACGUGCUAGUACUUCGGAAAUGUGCACAAAAGUUUCUUCUGAACGUAAUGAAUUGACAAGUUUGCUUCUGAAUAUCCUAGUCACCACGAACAUUUCACAAGCAGACGCUAACAGAAUCUUGGAGAUCUUCCGUGUGAAAUUGUCUCAACUUCCAACAACUGUUAGAAGUGUACUGAUAAUGUGUGACUCUUGCAAGUCAAGACUACUUGGAGAAGGAAUGUAUUGCCACAUCGGUCUCAAAAGAUGUUUGCAGCACUACAUGGAGAUGUCGUCUGUGAUUGAAAUUCCCAGCAACAUGAUUGACCUGCAGUUGAAUGUCGACGGUUUGUCCAUCUCGAAGUCUUCUAACCAGCAGUUAUGGCCCCUGUUAGGUAGGAUUACGGCACCGUUUUAA